AUGUCAACAGCAUUAAUUAUUAUCGAUGUUCAAAAUGAUUACUUUAAAGGUGGUAAUUGGACACUUUACAAUCAAGAAGGAGCAUUAGAAAAUGUUAAAAAGGUAUUGGCUAGUUUUAGAGAAAAGAAAUCUGAUGGUCUCCACCAUGUAGUUCACGUACAACAUGUUGCUCCAGCAGGAUUCCCAUUCUUUGUUGAAGGUACUGAAGGUGUAAAGAUCCAUGCCGACGUUGCCCCAAUCGAUGGUGAGAAACUCAUUGUCAAACGUCAAAUCAACUCUUACCUCGGUACCGAUCUCGAAGCUCAUUUAAAGGAAAAGAAAGUUGAGAAGUUGGUCAUUGUAGGUUCGAUGACACACAUGUGUAUCGAUUCUGCUACACGUGCAUCUGCCGAUCUUGGUUUCAAAGAUAUUACAGUCUUGGGUGAUGCUUGUGCUUCACGUGACCUUGAAUCACCAUUGGACAAAUCAAUCAUCCCAGCUCAACAAGUUCAUAAUGCCUAUCUUUCAGCUUUAGCUUUUGCUUUUGCUAAAGUCAUCCCAACCUCUACUUUUCUUCAAUAA